GGGAAGUUUUGGCGACGAGCGUCAACAGAAGCAAGCCAAGCACGGCACGGCGGGACCCUGUGUGUUGUGUUGUGUUGUGGUCCAGGGGCUGCGCACGGGUCGAACCCUUGCCAAUGGGUUAAGGAUGGGAAUCCAAGGAUUUGAAACUUAUCUGUUAAAUAGCCACAAGCCAGCAUGUCCCAGAGUGUUGAUUAAGGAUCUCGUAUCCGAGUACAGGGUGGACACCGGGGCAGAGGCGGCAGUCGCCAUCCUGGACACGAAUAUUCUGAUCCGGCAAUGUCUGGACGACUUGGAUGUAGUGGCCGGCGGCCAGUUCCGCGAGUACAAGGCAAACCUGCUCCGCUACGUGAAGCGCCUGACUGACCUGGGCGUGUCGCCCGUGUUCUUCCUCGACGGGCACGUGGAGGAGGGCAAGAUGCGGUGCUGGCGGGACCGCAAGGGCGAGAUGUACAACCGCAUUCGGGCGAUCUACGAGCGCGUGGAGGAGGGCGGCAACUGCAGUCCGGUGGAGAACGCCAGCGCGGUGCUGCCCGCCGGCCUCUACGAGUGCACCAUCCUCACCCUCAAGGAGGCGGGAUUCCCCGUGUUCUGCGCCAUCGCGGAGUGCGACCUCGAGAUGGCGCGCUACGCCAGGGAGAAGCGGUGCUUCGCCAUCCUGUCCAGGGACACGGACUUCGUGAUCCUGCAGGGCGCGAGGUACUACCUGUCGCUGUUCUACAAGCACUUCGACCGGCGGUCCAUGUCGACGAUCCUCUUCGACCGCGCCGCCAUCGCCAAGGCCGUGGGGCUGCACCCCGAGCACCUGCCCUUGCUGGCGUCGCUCAUCCAGAACGACUACGUGGACUGCAGCUACCUCACUCCCCUGUACAGCAAGAUGCUGGGCCGGCCCACCGAGGAGCUGCAGCCCGAGCAACGCUACCGCCUGGAGGACCUGGUGCCCAGGCUGGUGUGGUUCAUCCGCAAGGAGCUGUGGAAGGAGGGCGACCCCGUGGAGACCAUCCUGUCCAGGACCUUCAACGGCUACCCGCCGUUCCUGCUGCGGCGCCUGGCGCAGAAGAUGGGGCUCCGCGACCAGCUCGAGCUGCGGGAGAAGCUCCGGCAGCAGCUGGAGGUGAGCCUCAGCAUGCACGAGUACGUGCCGCCCAACGACCAGCCCGCCCGCACCUCGCCCGAGCCGCAGCCGGAGCUGGACGUGGACCUGGAAGUGCUGGACGAGGCCAAGUCCCGGCACCGCUCCACCACCUUCCUGCACUCGGCCGUGCUGUCGCUGCUGACGGCGCGCAUCCUGCAGAUGGGGCCCGCGCUGGAGGACCCCCGCCUGCCCGCCAGCUGCUCGUGCGAGGCGGCCCUGCGGCCCUUCCGGCGCCGCGUCUACGGGCUGCUGCAGGUGCCGGGGCCCUUCAAGGAGUGGGUGGUGCCGGCCAAGCCGCCGCGCGAGGGCCAGCCCCUGGAGCCCUGCAUGGUGGAGCCCAUCUCCCCAGACCCGUCCGUGGUGCCGCACCCGGGGCUGCUGGCGCUGUGGCGCUGCCAGGACGACGACGACGUGGCCGCCGACCGGUGGCGCCUGUGGGCGUGGGCCCUGGCCGCCCACCGCCCCGAGUCCGCCCCCGUGGACGUGCUGGUGGAGGAGCUGCGCGGCCUGCCCGAGGACCUCGUGUUCCCCGUCAGCAUCCUGUACCUCCUGUUCCACUCGGGGGCCCUGGGCGGCUGCGCGCGCCCCGCCGUGGAGCUGGUGCGGUUGCUGGCCAGGGCGUGCCUCGCCGCGCCGCUCCUGGACGAGGAGAAGCUGGACGCGCUGCGCGUGGACCGCUACGACCGCCUGGAGGUGCACGUCGCCGCCCUCUUCAUGAGGGCCUCCACGUACGUGUCCCUGCUCAACGACGUGCUCGGGGCACCCGUCCCCAUCGCCAAGCUGCACCCCGAGCUGUUUUUCAACGGGAAGGUGUUCCACUACGUCUUCACUGAGCAAACCCUCGACCAGCUCGCAGCUCUUGAUGGAACGAUGGAAGAGGACAUAGUGAGGACUGCAUGCAAAGAGAAGGAGGAGCUGCACUUGGAAGAGUAAUCGCUCUGUACUCGCCCAUGUACUGGGACCACCCAACUGUGAUUCUUUUUUAUUACUCUUUAUGACUAUUAAUUUAAUUUAGUAACAGUUGUGAUAUUAGUAAUUACACAAUUGUGAUAUUUUUUAAUUAUGUGAUGACUUUGUUGCUUGUAGUCUAGUUUUGAUGUGCUUAUACAGGCCAUCUUGUAAUUUGCUCAAUCCAAUGUUUUGAGAAAUUUAUGUUAACCAGCAAGAUACUAGUCUGCUAUUUUAAAGUCAACUUAUUGUCCAAUCAGUUUUUUUUUUGUAAGAGCUUUUGUUUUUGUGAGGCCGAUCGGUGCUUUUGGAACCAUAUUUAUGUUUCUUCACUGAUAAUUAAUUUGAGCUGUGACUUGACUCUUAAUUACUAGAGUCAACUGUCAAAGCACACCACGUGAAAGACUUAUGGUUUCGGUGACUGAUUUGUUGUCGCCAAAUGUUUGUUGUCAAAUGCAAGGGACCAUUUUUGUACCCUCAAUUAAUUUUGCACUAUGUCUUUUUGAGGCCUCUUUUUACACUUAGAAUAGUGCUUUCAGGAUACUUUUUAUUAACCUGUGUGGUUCCUAAUGUGACGUGACUUUACUGACAGUCACACGUGAGCCAAAUGUUGAAGUAUUCAGCAUGACAGACUGUCGGCAGUGAUAAAUUGUUUUGUUUUUUUAUCCGAUUACAUAAAAUGUUGAAAUAAAUGAAUCGAGAAACAGA